CAGAAAAACGUAAAGAUGAGGAAGAACUUAGCAAAUGUAAAAAAUUAAUUAAAGAAUUACAAGAUGAAGGAACUACAGAACAAUCUGAGUUAAAUGUGAAAUUAAAAAAGUCGGAGAGUUUAGUUGAGCAAUUACGUAAAGAUUUGAAAAAUCUUAGAGAGAAAUUCGCUUAUGUAAAAUCAGAAAAGGAAGAAAAAGAAAGCGCUCUUCACAAUAUCCAACAGAAACAAAUGCAAGCGUCAUAUGAGAUAGAGCAAGAAAAAGCAUACCUUGAUAAAGUGAAAGAAGAGUUUGAUAAAGAAAAAGAAAUGAGGGAAAUUGCGGAGAAAAAACUGAAGGAUUUAUCAAAUGUUUCUGUUCGUGUAUCAACCGUCAUGAAGGAGAAAGAAUCUCUAAUUGAACAGAUGGAAGAAGAAGCCAGGAAUAGGAAAGUUCUGGAAAAAGAAUUGACCGAAGCUCGGAUAGGAAAUGUUCAAUAUUCGGACCAACUUACACAACUCAAAGAAGACAUGGAAAAACUUCAUUAUCAAUUAAACACGAUAAUAAAUGAGAGAGAAAACAUAAAACAUGAAAUUGUCAUUGAACGAAACCAGUUUAUGAAUGAAGUGAAUGUUGAGAAAGAAAGACGGCAACGUCUCGAAGAGAAAUAUAGUCAAGCUGAGGCUGAACUUCAAAGAAUGCACUCGUCAGUAGAAGAUAUAAAAUCAAACUUUUCUCUGAAGGUUGAGAAUCGAAAUCGAUCAAUUUUCGAAUUAGAAAAUGUUGUCAACGAAAUGAAAAUGAAGAGUAUCCAACAAAAUAAUUUUAUUCAAGAACACGAAAGCAAUGUGGAGGAUUUGAAGCAUAAAAUGAAAUGUUUGGAAAGUGAAAAAAAUUCCAAGAUUGAUGAACUAGAAAAAAAUGUAAAAAUAUGGAAAUAAGUAAAAACUUGGCGAUUGAGGAAAGCAAAAAUGUUCAAGAAGAGAAUGCCAAAUUACAAGAAAAAUAAAGAUGUUGAGUUUAGAAGCAAAGGAUCAGAGAGAUGCCUUAGCAAAUGAACUUGCCGAACGUCAUGAUAUAAUUGUAAAAUUAAAAAGUGAUUUCUCUGUUUUGCAAAACAAACAUCAAGCAUCUGUUAUUAAACUUUCUGAAAAUGAAGAUAAAUUAAAUCAGAUGAAAGUUGAAUGUUGUGAUUACAAGUCAAAGAA